CUGAUCAAAGAGGUAAGAAGAAAUGUCCUGCCUGAGGAAUUUCAGUGUUUUCGUCUCAUGCAUGUUUCUCUUCAUCAUCCAGCCAGGUCAUGGCUCUGAGAUUAUUAGAGGGAAAGAAGUUGAGCCACACUCACUGCCUUUCAUGGCUCAUGUGAGAAGUGAACGAGCUAUGUGUGGCGGGACAUUAAUCCAUCCACAAUGGGUCCUGACAGCUGCCCACUGCACUGAUAUGAUUCUAGUGAUCCUGGGAGCACACUCCAUAAGGAAAGUAGAAGUUGAUUCUUGGCAGGUCAGAGUGGUUGAGAAACGAUUUCCUCGUCCUGGCUAUUACAGUGCAUUCAAGGGCAAUGACCUCAUGUUGCUCAAGCUUAAGAAACCAGCGAUUCUAACCAAUACAGUGAAACCCCUUCAGCUGGGCAAAAUCGUCAGAGACCCUCCACCUGGAAGCAAGUGUAUGGUUGCUGGAUGGGGACAAACUGAAAACAACCAAACAUCAGAUGUUCUCCUGUCUGCCAAUGUGACUGUGGUCAGCAGACAGACAUGCAACUCUUAUUACAACCAUCACCCUGUCAUCACCAGUAACAUGAUAUGUGCAGGUCAUGAUGGUUUAGAUGAGGGUGAUACAUGUAUGGGGGAUUCUGGAGGUCCACUGCUGUGUAAUGGAGCACUGGUUGGGGUCACUUCAUUUGGACCAAAGAAUUGUGGCUCCAUGAAACGUCCAGUCUUUUCCUUUGUCACAGAGAAACAACUCUCCUGGAUCAAAAAUACAAUGAAGUUAUCUGAAAUAUGAUGAAUCCGCAGGCAUUAAUCUAUCUAAGCUGAGCAAGAAGGGAAACUUUUUUAGGAUGUUUCUUGUCAAAUCUGCAACAGCUAUCACCAUAGACCCCUUAUUAUUUUCUAUUGUAACAGCUCAUUGAUUCUACAUUUUAUAUUUUACUUUAUAUAAUAACCAUACAUAAAAAUUGUUAUCCCUUGAAGCAUUUUUUUUUUCCAAACAACUUAAAGUACUCCCAAGCAGGAGCGUUCCUGGUUGCUGCAGAUGAAUGCCACUGCUGCAGUAAAAGCACAGAAAAAUUUUUUGUUUAAAUGCACACAAAACUUAUAAAAGUGAAGCAGCAAAGUGAGAUUAUUCAGCCUGUCAACCAAACAGAUUCAGAACCUCCUGUAUUACAAAUGUAAACUGAAAUUGAGACCUGUAAACAUUUUUUUUUGACAAAGAUAAAUUCCUAAGCACGCUAAGUAUGCUAUUUUGUUUAUUUCAUUUCUCAUUCUAUUUGUGAUUGCCCCCCCCCCCCCCCCCCCACACACACACACCUGAC